AUGUCGUUGGCCAAUGAAAGCUUCAAUUAUACCCCCAAGAACGAAAGCGUCCAAAACGAGAACUGCUUUGAGAAUGAUUUAACAGCUGUUAAAAUGGCCAGGAUCGUUCCUUAUUGCAUGCUGCUUGUAGUAUCUCUUCUUGGAAAUUCUGCGAUCAUUGCCGUGGUAUGGAAAGAACAGCGCAUGAGGAAAACGGUUAACUUUUUCAUGGUCAAUAUGUGUACUGCAGACCUUUUAAUAACAUUGUACAUGCCUCGCUCGCUGUUUGUGUGGCAUGAUGGCUAUAAAUGGCAGCUAUACGGUACAUUGGGACUUGUGGUAUGUAAGUUCGCUGUUUUCAUGCAUCAAACUGCCAUUUGCGUUUCCAUAUUCACUGUGGUAGCCAUCAGCUUUGAUCGAUUUUUCGCUGUGAUAUUGCCGUUGAGGACCAUUAUUACGAAGAAAAUUUGUCGAAUCAUUAUUACAAUGAUAUGGUUCUCAUCUGUCGUUAUUCGUCUGCCGAUGUUGUAUGGCCUGAAACUUAUUAACACCAAAAAUGGCGAAACGAGUUGUCAACUGUCAUUAGACCAUGUGUUCUAUCAAGGAGCCGAAAAGACCUAUUACAAUUUUACCCUCAUUGGCCUCUUUGCUGUACCUUUAGCAGUGAUAGUUAUGCUGUAUUCGGCCAUUUUAAUUUCCCUGAAACUACGAAAAGCACCCGGAGAAGAAAUCGCAGGAAGAGAGCAUACAAGAGACACACGGAUAAAGAAGAAAGUUCUUCGAAUGGUGUUGAUAGUGGUGGCUGUAUUUGUGCUCUGCUGGUUGCUCUACUUUGUCCAACUCAUUUUAUUUUCGUACAAAAUACAAGUGGGCUGUGAAGUUUUAUUUUUCAGAUUGUUUUUGGCUGAUCUAAACAGUGCAGUGAAUCCAUGUUUGUGCUUCGCUUUAAACGAGAACUUCCGUACAGGAUUGAAACGCAUUCUGGUUCGCUGCGCGUUUUGA